AGCAGCCCCAGCCAGGACUCCGCGGGCAGCCUGGGAGUCCGCAGGGAGAGGCCCGGGGGCUGUGCGAGGAAGGUGACGUUUGCUGUGAGGAAGCUCCGUGCAGGGGUUUCUCCCUGCCGAGCGGCUGGGGACGCUUCCAACGGGGACGGAGCAUCCCGCGAUCCUCCGGCUGCGGCACCACACUGGGCAGGGACUGCCCGUGCCCCCUGCGCUGCUGCUCCAGGAGUGCCAAGUACCAAAGGGCAUCCAGACAGUCUGAUUCCCGUGGAAAACCCAGAGCCCAUGUUUUUAUCCCAAAUGGAUUGUCGUCGAGAAGCUGCAGUACAAGAUCCUUCACUGCUACUGAAAGACAGCAGAGGACCUGAAGAUGAUGUUUUAAUUUCUCAAUAUGCUGCUGGCCAGAAAGAGGCUCUGAGAGCAGCAUUAAAGCAAAAAACUCAAAAUACUCCUGUGCUUAGGGAGGUGAAGGUACAGCUGUUGGGAAAUGCCUCUGUGGAAAGGAAGGAAAGUGUUGGCCAUGACACCAAGGCAGCACCCAGGGAAGCUGAUUCUGCAGCAACCAUUGCAGCAGCCACUGCUGCUGCCAUUGCUACUACAGCUCCACUUCUCAAAGUUCAAAAUGAUUUGGAAGCAAAAGUGAACUCGGUUUCAGCAUUGCUUGAUAAGCUGCAGGAGACAGACAGGCAGCUACAGCAUCUGGCUGAACAGCAAAGCAAUAAGAAGGUUCAACAUGAGGAGCCUCAUUGUCACUACAGAGUCAAUGAGCUUGAAAAACAAAUCAAUGCUUUCAUGGUGCAACGGAUUCAGCAUUUGGAGAAGUUACAGGAGCAGCAAAUGAAUAUUCAGUCUCAUCUCCUCAGCUCUGCAGUCAGCACACGUGGGUUACAGCAGAGCCAUGUGCCUUCCUCCAGCCUCCUGGCAAAGCAAUCUGAGCAGCCACAACAGCCAUUGCUUCCUCAUGAAGCCUCUUCAUCUCACAGGAGUUUAUUUCCUGCCAGUGCAUUACCUGCCCAAGGUGAAGAGAAACUUCUGGAGCAUAUUCUGAGCUCUCAAGAAAUGCCACUGAGACAAACUGAAUAUUUCCAGAAGGCAGCACUAAACAGCAACGGAGUGAGCUGUCAUUCCCAGAGAGACAGGCAUACUGCUUUGCAUGCAGACUCAAUCCCUGCUUUGGAAAGCUACAAUUCCAUGGAGAAAACAGUGAAAAAGGCAGAUGAUUUGCUGCAAGAUCUUGGCCAGCUGAGAAGAGAAAUGCACAGCAUCGUACAGGAUGCAAAUUCAUGGAAAUCUGACAUGAAUGAUCUUAUUAAGUCAAAAAAUCCUACUGUUGCAUCUGAGCUUCCUGCACAUCAUCUGCUCAAUAAACCAUCCAUCCUUCAAAAUGUUCAAGUGCCAAGAUCCAUCCUGAGGGAUGCUGAGAGGGUUUUAAGAGUAGUUCAAAACAAUAAGAAAGUUCUUGAGGAAAACCUGGAAGCUGUUACUCGUGCAAGGGAUGGAAAUGCCUUUUAUUCCUUCACUAACAGCCUGACUGCCAACAGAGAUGUAUUGGAAGAGAUUCGUAUCAGGAGGACAGUGGAUGAGUGGAUUAAGGCAAUCAGUGAAGAAAUCCAGGCUGAAAUGGCAAAAAAUGAUUCAGAACAAGUGAAAUAUGAUCAAAAGGUCCCAUGGCUCAAGAAAGCCCAAAACAUCAAGGCUGUGAAGAACCAGAAAGAAAUUAAAGGCAAACCUCAAAAAGUCCAAGGAUGCUUGACAAAGAAGCCUUUAUCUGCAGCUAAGCCAUUGCAGAAGCAAACAGAGGAUAACACAAGGAAACAGAGGUUGAGAACUUACUUUUCUUCUGAACGUUCACAGAGGAAAGAAAGAAGUGCAGAUGGACCUGUGAGUAGAAGUGCACUGGUACAGGAUGAAGAUUAUCUGUGUCAAGUGUAUGGGAAACCCAUUUACCAUGGCCAUCGCAGCACCCUGAAAAAGGCUCCUUACCUGAGGUUCAACUCACCCUCUCCCAAGUCUAAACCUCCCAGGCCCAAGCUGAUAGAGUGUGUUAGAGGCACAAAGGUUAGGUCAGCAAAAACCCAGACUUGCUCUCACACACAGAAGGUCAUCACCAGCCCUAGGAAACAGCAUCCUGUGUAUGCACUUGCCCAGGAAAAUCAGUAUCUCUUCAGUCCAAGUGGAGAUGUUCCUGCAGCCAGUGACUCCCUUGAAGGUCACCUCAUUCCUAGGGCUAUUCCACUAGGUCAAACCCAAAUUAGCAACACAUCCCUGCAGCCUGCUGGGGUGGUCAUGGGGAAACCACACCCUGUGACAGUUACAACCUCCUUCCCUCAAGUGCCACAAAAGCCUCCAGUUGAGGUAAAAAAGCCAAACAUAGCUGUGAUAGAGAUGAGAUCAGAGAAGAAGGAUCCACCUCAGCUCUCUGUGCAGGUGUUACCAAACGUAGAUAUUGGCAGUGUUUCAAGUGACAGUGUGAGUGUAAACCAUGUCCCUCCAGACACUGAAACUCCACUUCCUCCUGCUGAUGCUGUGAUACAGACUCCAGAAGAUGUACAUAGCGAGGAGGAAGACACAGACUUCCCAGGGACUAAUUUCAUUGCUGUCACUGAUGUCGUGCAGGAUCAGGAAGAGGAGAGGGAUGAAAUUCCAGAAUUUUCUGAGCCUCUUCUGGAGCUUAAUGGCCAGUUUAAAGUUGCCUCACCAAGAUACAAUGGGCCUUUGUUUCCUCCAGUGGCUUCUGCUCCUCAGCAGCCUCCUGAUGUGUUGGAUGAACUCAUUCAAAGGAGAGAAACAAUAGAAAACAGGUUGAUAAACUGGGUGGAACAAGAAAUAAUGGCAAAAAUUAUCAGUGGGAUGUACCCAGCUCAGAAGGAAACAGUGCCCAGUGUUAGCAUCUCAGAGAGUGAAGAUGAUGAGGCUGUCACCCCUGACAUUGCUGAAGUUGCAGGUGGUGGAGGAUUUCAGCUCUUUGUCAGUGCUGGUGUCCCUGUAGACUCAGAAAUGAUAAAACAUUUUGUAAAUGAAGCUCUCAGUGAAACAAUUGCAACCAUGCUGGGGAACAGACAGGCUCAGACAGCAGUUCCUGAUCCAAAUGUUCUUCCAAGCACAGCCUCUAUGAUGGAGUCUCUCGUGCCUACUCCAUUGCCAACACCUCAGGCCACACCACCACCAUCACCACCUUCAGAAAAAGUAAUGCCUCCAGUCAAAACUCCAGAUUCAUCUCUGUCUCCCACAGAAAUGAGUGGGGAUGUUCCUGGACAUGAAAAAAUUAAAGAAACAGGAGCUGAGAUUCCAGCUGCCGCCAUGGGUCAUGUUGGCACACCUGUGGUUACUCCUGUCAACACACCUCCUAGAGUAGCCACACCAAGCCCUCCUGCCUCAGAAUGGGGCUCUGAAACUCCAAAGCCUCCAAACCCAUGGGAUGGUGCAGAACUGCCUCUGGAAGAGGAGAAACCUAGCCCUGUAACUGAAGAGUUCCAUCCCAAAGCUGUUGAGAUGUCAGUGGCUGUCGAUGAGGAGCCAGAGGUCUUGAUUUUACCAUCUCAGCAGUUGUCAGUGAGGCCCUCUGAGUCCCUCCCUGACAAUCUCCAGGUUCCAUCCCCUGCACCUACAGUUAGUUCUGGGCUGUCCACGGAGGAAAGCAGCUUCACCCUCACAGAGACAGAGACUGCGGACAGAGCCAUCUCAGAAGGGGAGGUGCUGUUCAGCUGUGGACAGGUGGCUGCAGGAGCAGGAGGAUUAGCUGUUCCAAACCUUGCUGAGAGCUUAUCCAGUACUUUACGAGAUGCCAAUGAAAUGGAUUAUGAUCCUCCAAGUGAAGGGCAAGUGAUCAGAAGACUGGAUAAAUGCUUUCACAGGGAUCCUGUCCUGACUCUUUUAGCCAAGUUAAACCAAGCACCUGUUCCUGCACAAGAAGGAAUACACCACUUGGAGGAUUCUGAUGACAGCAUUGGGCAAAUCAGUGAAGGUCAAAGACCAAGGCUGAACAGAGUAGAAGAGAGAAUCCUAAUGGGGCAUUCUCUUUAUCUGGAGCAUCCAGCUGCCCAGACCUCCAGGAACAGACCCCUCCAGGGCUUCCGUUCUGCAUCUCCAGGGCAGCUUGCCCAAAUUGGAGAAAUUCUUGGAGAUACAGAUACAAGUCAUGGUCCAAUGCUUAUGGCUGAACUGGAAUCACAGCCAGUUUCAAAUCCUGUUCUGCAAACAGCCCAACCAAGCUGCGGAGUGACAUCACCCUCAGAGGAUCUGUCCCAGGAGGAAAGCCAAGGAGCUGCACCAGUUGAGACUGUGCGACCCAGAGUUAUUCAUGUGAGAGGGAAGUCUGAAGAGAUGCAACAAGAAGGAGAGGAUGCUGCCCCACAUUUGAAUUCCCACAUUUCUGCUGCAGAGGUGCCAGCCAUGAACACAGACAGUGAAACACUGAGUGUGAGCAAUGCACACGGAGAGUCAGAUUCUUCAGGGACAGACACAUUUUAA